GCCGUUUACUAGAUUGAUACUAGAAGUAAUUUACUCACAGUCUUUUAAAGCCACAAAGCAACGUGAAAAUGCCCAGCCGUAAAUUCGAUGACAAAGAAGAGGGCUCUGAAGCUUGCCAACGGCAAAUCGAUGACAAGUAAAAGGGGUCAGGACUCUAUACAUGUCGACGUUUAUUAAAGUAGCUAAAGUAUAUGACACAACAUAUACGAGCUGCUUCAGCUUCAUCAGCAACAGUUUAUCGAUGUACUGCAGUGAAAAUACAUGUAGAAGAUCUUCUUCCUAUGAUGCACCGGUGCAAUUAUGUGCAGACGAUGCUGUUCCUAUAAAUUGCUCCUGUUGUGCAAAAUAUGAUCUGGCAGCUAUUCAAAAAUCAGCAAUAUUAUUGUAUCAUGCCUCGAUACAUACAUAUAUCGUAACAAUUAGCAUUCAAUGCGACCUUUACAUGAUAUGAUCUGCAAAGGCCAAUCAAUACAGUAUAUUCUUUGAUAAUUAUCAAUAAAAAGCUGCCAC